AUGACUUCCGACAUAGGUGACCUCGGGCAAGAUUUUCUGCAACCCCAUCAAGCCGAACAGGUGAUUCUUCAGGGUCACCGGCGGAUCGAUUCGACCUUCCCGAAGGAUCGAGCUCACGGGAAAUUCCCUGUCCUUCUGCUCUCGAAGAGCUUACCGAGCGGAGAAAGAAGAGAUCGUGAUUGGUUGGUCUGGACCCAGAGCAAAACCGCCCUAUUCUGCCUCUCUUGCCGUCUUUUCCGAACUAAUGCUCUACAACGAUCUCAUCUCUGUCGACCCGACGGCUACUCUGGAGAUAAUCUUUGGAAGAAGCUCUACGAUCGAGUGCCGUCGCAUGAAAAUAGCACUGAACAUUACGAAUGCUACGUCGAGUGGCGCGAAACGGAAGCACGGCUGCGAGCCCAGACAUCCGUGAAUGCCCUCCUUAUCGAAGACAUUGCUACCGAGGCAGAGAAAUGGCGAGAUAUUCUCACCCGCAUCCGGGAUGCAAUUCUUUUCCUAGGCGAGAGAGGAUCGGCGUUGCGAGGGUCUAGCCACUUGAUUGGCGGAAGGAACAAUGGUAACUUCCUGAGCCUACUGGAGUUGUUGAGUAGACACGACCCACUUCUUCGAGUGCAUUUGGGAGAUGUGCGGAAGUCUCAGAGGUUGCAUCAGCGAAUGCAAGUCCACUACCUGUCUUAUGAUAUCCAGAAUGAGUUCAUUGAGCUCUGUUCUCGUCAUGUCAUUACGAAAAUUUUAGAGGAGAGAGCGGGGGCUAAAUACUAUACAGUCAUGGUAGACGCCACGCCGGACGCCAGCCACGUAGAACAGACCACAUUCAUCCUUCGAUUCAUGCGCCUCCAGUCCGACAAGAGAGCUCAUCAGGUAGAAGAACGUUUCUUGGCUUCCGUCGACUGUCACGGGAAAACUGGUGAAGUUAUCGCGACUUUGAUCUGUGAUACCUUGGCUGAGCAUGGGAUACCUCUGAUUGAAUGCCGAGGACAAGCUUAUGAUAACGGAAGGAACAUGAGCGGCGAGUGCAAGGGUGCUCAAAGUAGAAUUUUGGCGAAAAACCCUUACGCUCUCUAUGCACCGUGUGCAGCGCACACUCUGAAUCUCGCUGGCGUCGACACCGCGCAGUGCUGUCCCAGAGCCAUAUCUUUUUUCGGAAUUGUUCAGAAGUGCUAUAAUAUAUUCAGCAGCAGUACGCAGAGAUGGGAGAUUUCGAAUGAAUAUGUGGCGAACUCUCUCCAUACUUUAUCCGAUACAAGAUGGUCGGCUAGGAUUGACGUAAUUAAGCCUUUUGCCGCGAACCUACCGGGACUUCGGCAGGCAUUGAGAAAAGCUCAGGGCCUCAAUCUCACCGCCGAGAGCAGACGCGAUAUUGACGGGAUUCUCUAA